CAUACUUUGAUAUUGCCGUAGCUGACUUAAAAUAUAGGUGGCAAUCGAAAUGGAUGCACAUAUCGUUUGGAUAGGUCUUUUUCUAAUAGGAUUAAAAAUGGGCUUAUCUGUUGCAGAUAGCACCGAUUGCAAUGGGAUCAAUAUGUAUGCAUAUUAUAACCCUUCAUCUUACUACUAUAACUGGUAUAUAUCGUUAUACGACAAUUGGUGGUAUAACAUGACAUUCUGGGGAGGAUAUGUACAAAUACCUUCAAAAGAAAAUGUAGGAACUGAGUGUCAACUUGACUGGGGAACUUUGAUUGCUCUCAAAGAUAAACAUCCAGAUAUAUCGACUAUAAGUGAUGACAUAGUAACAUUGCCAGCAUGCGGUCUCAAUCAAAAUGGUAAAUGCGAAGAUGAUAUUGUUGUUGAAAUGAGAAAAUGUCAUGGUCAUCUAUUCUACAGAUUUCCUGAGCAAAGUUUCAAUGUUUUAGAUAGAUGGGACCUGUACAUUUGUUUUGAUCGCAUAUACAGUAAUAGUGGUUGCAACGAUACAGAACACGUCUAUCAGACUAAAAAUGAGAAUGGCGGAAUUAUUAACUUCGAGUUUGGUGAUAUAAAAAAUGGCUGGAUGAAUGCUUUUGUAAAUGGAAAACAGUUCUUGCCUCCAUCAAAAGAUGACGAAGACGAAGUCUUUAAUGAAUGUCUGCAGUAUCAAUAUGGAUAUAUUCUUCAAGAGCCAUUUCCAAAUGUGCUUAGUGAAACACCAGUGAGACUGUCGAUGUGCUGGGUUCAUGAAAAAUAUGGUGAUUAUGAAACGAACACCUGUUCUGACAUAUACAUUUAUACCAGAUUGUGCAACGGACAACUUCAAUUUGAUUUCUCUUAUUUCGCAACUUGGAGUGAUUUUUUAUGCUUAGUGCAUCGGAACAAUGUGAAAGUCAAGCCCGAAAUUGGUCAUAAAAUCCUGAAUACUGAAGACAACGGCAAAUUACGUAAAGUUUAUAGUCCCUUUCUGCAAUAUAGAUGUGAAUCUGACAUACUUGAUGGGGUAACGUAUAUCACAAAAUGGUACAUAAAUGGUACAUUCCAAGUUCAGAUGGGACCCUCUUCAAAUCAGGACGAACUUUUAUUUAAGGAAGAUUUCUUAUCGGCUCUUGGACCUGGGUAUGAGGUAAAGGACGAUUCCAUUACACUGAGCAAAAGCGGUUCUGCUACUGUUGAUAUCGAGCAGACAAUUCCUAAAGGCUGCUAUUACACUGAUGACGAAGAACCAAAUUGUGAAGAAAGAAUUACUUUUGAAGAUGAAUCUUCUGUACCUGAUAUGUGUACAGGAAAACUUCGUGUACAAAACAUCGCUGAUGUGGGUAAUCCUUUUGUUAAAAUAAAGAGUUUAAAGAAAGAUGAACAAUGGACAAGUACCACACAUAGGAUAAUGUUGACAACUGCUGACAGCACAUAUGACGAUGCAACAGACUUCGACCUACAAGUAUAUGUAACAGACACCACUGGUCAUGACAAACGAAGAUCAGUCAGAUCAGAGACUAUAGGAGCCAUUCAUGUCACAGUAACAGACAAUGACAGACAUCGGAACAAAAGAUGUUACUCACACGUCGAUCCACAUAUGAGAACAGUAGACGGAUUGUAUUAUGAAGCUCAGGAGGAAGGAAAUUAUACAUUAUACAGGAAUAAAAGAUACCAAACAGAGGUUGUAACUUUCCACAUAGCUUAAUGCUUUUAGUCUUUUGUUUAAAGUUUUUGCAGUGGAGUUUAUGAAACAAUAACUUGAACAACGUGUCAUGUAUUUUCGGCAGAAAAGGAAUCAUUCAUUACACCGAUACCUGAUAAAGAAACAACACUGAUUAAAUGAUGGUUAUAAUGUACAAAGCAAAGCAUGUAACCUUAUGAUCACUACUUUUGAAACAUUCUUUUUCCUUUCAAUCAUAGUGUUUUGAAAAGACAAUGCUAAAACAAUUUCUAUAAUACAAAAGGUAAACUUAAUGAAAUGGG